ACUGAACCCAACUCAGAGCAGACCACAUUCGAAUCUCAAAUUCUUCUUAUCUUUGUUUUCCUUGAGGAAAAGUGAUACUUUGCUCUUAUCACCAUGAAGGUCCUAAUCGUCAUCUGCGUUCUCUUCGUCGCCGUCCAGGCCAACCCUCAAUUCAGGGCCUUGAGAGCCCGUGCUUCUGGUCUUGGAGGCGGAUCUGCACCCCAGGCAGCUGGUGGCUUUGGAGCCCAACCUGCCGCAGCUCCCCAACCUCAAAUGUUCCAGCCUCAAGCCCAGCCCCAGUUUGCCGCUUCCACCAACUUUGGAAGACCUUUGCAAAACCAGCAGCCUCAGUACCAACAGUAUCAACAGUUCCAACCUCAGCCACAGUACGGACGCUUCCCUCAACCCUAAGGCUGCUCUACUAAACUUACUUUUGUUUUAAAGCAAUUUUCAAAUAUUCUUUUAAUAUAAAUGGAAUUGCAAUAAAAGUAUUUAAGCAUUUUUA